AUGGACGGCCCUCUGAAGGAGCUCGGGAGAUUGCAGAAGCUGGUGUCAGACUCGUCGUCGUCGAAGGGCAAGAGCCCGAGUGUCAACGACUCCCUAGACUCGCUCCUGCAGUCGCUCCGGGAAGUCAAGGACAGGCUGCAGGUCGGCACGGCGACGGACGAGACGUUGACGAUCCUGUCGAAGACCGUGGAGACGAGGAAGAGGGAGGUAGACGAGCGGCAGAAGGAGGUGUAUAAUGCGCUGAAUAAGAUUGGGAAGGCACUGGAUAAGAGAUUCCAAGCAACUCUCCCAACGUAUGCUCCGUUAUUCUCUUCACCGGAGGCCAACGCCGCAUUGGAGAGAACGAUAGCACUGCACUUUCUCAGAACGGGACAAUUCAACACAGCCGAGACUUUCAUCGAAGAGUCUAGUGUUGACAUUGAUCAAGUUACACGACGUCAGUUCAAGGAACUCCAUGAGAUUGUGACGGCUCUCAGGGAACACGAUAUCGACCCCGCGCUACAAACAAACCGAUCUUUCCUCCACGCUCGCGCAUCGCCGCUCGAGUUCCUCCUGCACCGCUCCCGCUACCUGCGCUACCUGACAAUAAUACGUGAUCCACGAGGAGAGAACACCGCAAUAGAGUACGCGAGGGCCUUCUUCCCUCCCUUCUACGAUCAACACGAGCCAGAAAUCCGUAGGCUGAUGGGCUGCCUGCUUUACUUGCCUGUGUCGCGCCUGGCAUCGUCACCGUACGCCGACCUCGCUUCGUCGUCGCUGCACCUCGACCUCGAGCCCAUGUUCGCGAAGGAGUACUGUGCCAGUCUGGGGAUGAGUAGACAGGUGCCCCUGCGUGUUGUCGGCGACAUCGGUGGGGGAGGGGCGCUGGCACGGAUAGAGAAAGGUAGGAAGGUCAUGCGCGAGCGGAAGAGCGGGUGGAGCCAUUCAGAGGAGCUGCCUAUCGAGAUUCCACUACCGCCGGAGAACAGAUACCACUCGAUCUUCGCCUGUCCUGUCUCAAGGAACAGUCGACAGACCAGAACCCACCAAUGA